AUGAUGUACUCUUGGCUGUGUUACGAUUGGGUUUUGCUAAUAUUCUUUCAGGGAAUUCUUCUAAUGUGCAUGAGCACAUGUUUGAAAUCUGCUACAAUUCCCGCUUUUGCAAACGAGACUGAUCGCAUGGCAUUACUUGAUUUCAAGAAUCGGAUCAAUAAAGACCCACUUCAAAUCAUGAGCUCUUGGAAUGACUCCACACAUUUCUGCAACUGGUUAGGUGUUACAUGUAGCCCCUCCAGUAAACGAGUCAUGGUUUUGGACCUAGAAGCUAAGAAAUUGUCUGGCUCCAUACCACCCUCCAUAGGAAAUCUUACUUACCUCACAGGAAUCAACCUAGAAAACAACAGCAUCUAUGGUGAAAUUCCUCAAGAAGUGGGACGUCUACAACACCUGCUACAUCUCAAUUUGAGUGGGAAUUCCUUUGGUGGUAAAAUUCCGAAUAAUCUAAGCUACUGUACACAACUUAGAUUGGUGUAUCUAUUACUUGGUAUGAACAACCUUACAGGAAGUAUCCCAGCUUGGAUAGGAAACAUUUCUUCUUUGCGUGCUCUUAGUCUUAUUCAAAACAAUUUUCAAGGAAGCAUACCUAGUGAACUUAGUCGUCUAACAGGCUUGACAUUUUUUCAGCUUGCUUUGAAUAAUCUGACCGAUACCAUCCCUCCUCUGAUCUUUAAUAUUUCAUCCAUACAAUUUUUCUCUGUUACAAAGAAUCGACUACAUGGAAGCCUUCCACCAGAUGUUGGUCUUACUCUUCCAAAAUUGAAAAUCUUUCUUGGCUAUGGCAACGAUUUCACGGGACCUAUUCCUGUGUCAUUGUCAAAUGCUUCUCAACUUCAAUUUCUUGACUUAGGUCAAAAUGGUCUAACGGGGACAGUGCCUCAAAAUCUAGGAAGCUUGCAAGGCUUGGUCAGACUUAAUCUUAAUAGGAAUAGACUUGGAAGUGGGAAAGAUGGUGACUUGAAUUUUCUCAGUUUCUUAAUUAAUUGUACUCAUUUGGAGGAUUUGGCUCUCAGUUUUAAUUAUUUUGGAGGAGUAUUGCCCAGCUCCAUAACCAAUCUUUCCACCCAACUAACACAUCUUACUAUGGCUGGGAAUAUGAUCCGUGGUGGCAUCCCUAUGGGAAUCGGGAACCUUGUUAACUUAGAAAUACUAGCACUGUGUUAUAACAAUUUGGGAGGUACUCUCCCAAAUGUUCUUGGGAAGCUACAAAAGUUACAGGCAUUAUAUUUGAAUGAUAACAAAUUUUUUGGGUCAAUCCCUUCCUCCCUGGGUAACUUAACUGCAUUGAUAAUGCUCUAUAUGGAGAACAACAACUUUGAGGAAAGAAUACCCCCAAGCCUAGGAAACUGCCAACAUUUGCUUUCACUAAACAUUUCUAAUAACAAUCUCACUGGCACCAUUCCAAAACAAGUUAUUGGUCUAUCUUCCCUCUCAAUUUAUUUGGACAUGUCUCAAAAUUUUUUGGUAGGUGCACUGCCAUUUGAAGUGGGAAACUUAAUACAUCUCUCUGAAUUAUAUCUCUCAAAUAAUAGAUUAUCAGGCAAAAUUCCCACCACCCUUGAUACUUGUCAUAGUUUGGAGCGCUUGUAUUUAGAGGGUAAUUCAUUCCAAGGAACAAUACCUCAAUCUUUGAAGAAGUUAAGAGGCUUAGAAGAAAUAGAUCUUUCACGGAAUAACUUCUCCGGGAAUAUUCCUAAAUUUCUUGGAAAGCUUAUGUCACUUAAGCAUCUUAAUAUUUCUUAUAACGAUUUGGAGGGCGAAGUUCCAAGUGAGGGGAUUUUUGAAAAUGCAAGCCAGAUUUCAAUCUUUGGAAAUAAUAAGCUAUGUGGUGGUGUCCAAGAAUUACAUUUACCUACAUGCACUAGGAAAAAUCUUCAUUCAUCUAGAAAGCUUCUUGCACUCAAAAUAGUAUUUCCUGUUACUAGUAUGGUCAUAUUUGUACUUGUUCUGUUAUAUUUUUACCCUACAUGUUUUAAUGUGAACAAUUCAAGAGAGAGAGCAUUAACUACAUCUUCCUUUGAAGAUAGGAAGUUGCGUGUCUCAUAUGCAGAACUACUAAAAUCAACAAACGGAUUUUCAAAAAAAAAUUUGACUGGUUCGGGUAGCUUUGGCUCGGUAUACAAAGGAAUUCUUUCUGGAAAUGGAGCAAUUGUUGCUGUUAAAGUGUUGAAUCUUCAACAAAAAGGUGCAUCCAAGAGUUUUAUUAACGAAUGCAAUGUUUUGAGAAGUAUACGUCAUCGUAAUCUCCUCAAGAUUAUCUCUGCUUGCUCAAGCACUGAUUAUGAAGGGAAUGACUUUAAAAGUCUAAUUUUUGAGUUUAUGUGCAAUGGAAGUCUAGAACAAUGGCUGCAUUCUAAAAAUGAUGAGCAACAUCAGAGCAAGAGAUUGAGAUUUAUUCAAAGACUGAACAUUGCCGUUGAUGUUGCCUAUGCAUUAGAGUAUCUUCAUCACCAUUGCCAAACCCCAAUUGUUCAUUGUGAUCUAAAACCAAGUAAUAUACUCCUUGAUGAAGAUAUGGUAGCCCAUGUUGGUGAUUUCGGAUUGGUGAAUUUCCUCUUUGAAGCCUCAAACAAUCCCUCCAAAUCUCAAACCUUGUCACUUGGGCUCAAAGGUUCCAUUGGAUACAUUCCUCCAGAGUAUGGGAUGGGUGGUCAAGUUUCAACGCUAGGAGACAUUUACAGCUAUGGGAUACUCUUGCUAGAGAUGUUCAUUGGAAAAAGACCAACUGAUGAAAUGUUCAAAGAUGGUAUGAGCAUUCACCAAUUCACUGCAAUGGCUCUGCCCGAACAUAUCAUGGAUUAUGUUGAUUCAUCAAUGUUCUUUGAGGAGGAUGAAGAAGAUGUUGAUGAUGACAUAGAAGAAAAACAAAUAAUUGAAGAUCUCAAUGUCAAUGUCAGUAGCAGAAUAAAAGAUUGCUUGAUAUCAGUGUUCCAAAUUGGAUUAUUGUGUUCUAAAACAUCACCGAAUGAGCGGAUUUCUACAAAUGUUGUCGUCAAUGAAAUGAAUGCAAUUAGAGACAAAUUUCUUAAACAUAAGAAGCAAAACGGAAGAAGAAUGAGCAAGCAAUGA